CUGUGGGAUUGCAGAAUAUUGACAUAGCAACCAGGCGACAUAGCCGCCGAGUUUUCUCUGCCUGUGUUAGAUUUUGCAGCCUCUCUUCUGCGUUUGAACUCGUUAACCGCACUGUGUCGAGCGCUGCCAUGAAUGGGGCAGUUGUAAAAAAGACCCACGACACAUUGGGCAAGGUGAUAAAGAAACCGCCUCUCACAGAGAAACUGCUAACCAAGCCACCGUUUCGAUACCUACACGACAUCUUCAGUGAGGUUAUCAGGACGACUGGUUUUAUGAAAGGCCUGUAUGGAGAAAAUGAAAUGAAGUCUGAUAACGUUAAGGAUAAGGAUUCAAAGAUAGUCUUCCUCCAGAAAGCAAUAGAUGUGGUGAUGCUGGUGAGUGGCGAGCCUCUAGCAGCAAAGCCAGCCCGCAUUGUAGCCGGCCAUGAGCCUGAGAAAACCAACGAGCUGCUGCAGGCCAUGGCCAAGUGCUGUCUCAACAAGUUAUCCAGUGACGAUGCAGUAAAGCGAGUGCUUUCAGGAGAAAAAGUGGACAUCAAGACCAAGGCCAGCACCUCCAGGUCCCAGGACAAGGAAAAUAGAGAGGGAAGUGAACAGCAUCUUGAUAGAGAGGAUAAAAAAAGGAUAACAGAGCGCAGUGGGAGUCGUGACCAAAAGGACCCAGACCAGCCCAAAGAACAGGAGGGCCAUCACAGAGAUGGAGAGAAAGAACGCCAUCGAGACAGAGAACGCUCUGACAAGCACCACCGCAGUGAACAGGACCACCAUGCCAAAGAUCGGCACAAAGAGAAGAGCCGUGACAGGGAUCGAGACAAGGAGAAAGACAAAGGGCGAGUCAAAGACAGGGAAAAGGAGAAAGACAGAGAGAGGGAUCGAGACAGAGAAAAAGAGAAGGAGAGGGACAGAGACAGAGAAAAGACGAGAGACAGAGAUUCUCACAGAGACCGGGAAAGAGACAAGGAAAAACGAAGAGACAAGGACCAGGGGAAGGACAGAGAGCGACACAAACAUGGGGAAGAGAGAAACAAAAAUGGAGACAGUGGCAAUAGCAAGGUGAGAGUGUCAGAGGAGCCUCAUCAAGGCAACCAUGAAGAACCGAGCAAAACAGCCAAACCUGUGCCUGCACCAGUAGAAUCAGCUGAGAACCAGUCUGAUAGUCCAGCUAGAAUACCUCGGCCAUCAUCAGCCAAAGGGCAGCGAAGGAGACCCAAAAUAGGAAGUCAAGAUGAAUCUGACAGUGAAGGAGAAGGAGAUGCCCAGUUAGCUCAGAGACCUGUUCCACUGGAAAAUGGAGACACCGCAGUCCCCUCUUCUGAAAUCUCCUCCAGGAGAAUACCACGGCCUAGCAGUGCUCGCCCAGCCCCUCCUCGAGUGAAGAGACAAGAAAGUUCCACUGAUGUGACCCCAGCUGAGAGGCUGUCAAGUGCCAAGCCCUCCGCACCAGUCAUCAUAGAUGGAAAGAGGCUGUCUGACGAUGAUGAGGAUGAAGAUGAGCAAUUUGUCGUGGAGGAGGCAGCUCCUUUACUUUCAGAUGUUCCUGAGAUGGAGGUGGAGUCUGCACAAGAAAUCAACGGUGAAGACAAACACGGUGGCCUUGUGAAAAAGAUCCUGGAGACCAAAAAAGACUAUGAAUCAUCCCCAUCCUCCCCAAAAUCUAAAGAACAGAACGUGGUGUCCGAAGCAGCACAGAAGAAGGAGCGGGACAUGGUGACACGAGAGAUAGAGCGGCUCCGCUCAUCCAUCCAGACGGUGUGUCGCAGCACCCUGCCUUUAGGUAAGAUCAUGGACUACAUCCAGGAGGACAUGGACGCCAUGCAGGCUGAGCUGAACACCUGGCGGAAGGAGAACAAAGAACAUGCACAGGCCUUGCUGCAGGAGCAGAGAGCCACAGACAGGGCAGUGGAGCCUCUUAAGGUAGAACUAACAGAGCUCGAGCAGUUGAUCAAGGACCAGCAGGACAAGAUUUGUGCUUUAAGAUCCAACAUACUAAAGAAUGAAGACAAGAUUCAGAAAAUGGUGACUGGAAUCAACUUCGCCUCCAAAUCCUGAAGUGAGGAACAAGGCGCUUACACAUGAUCAGCAGUCAAACAACUCUGUGCUUGCUGUUAAGUCAUUUUCCUUUGGGGAUACUAGUGACACCCAGGUAGAUGGUUGUGCUUGGUGUGGCAAAGCACUAGUGAUAGUAACAGAUGAUAUGUUUAUGUCUUAAACCUCCUAUCUUAUUAAAUAAAACACACAUAUAUCAUAUGGUAUGGUACUUUUAAGGAGAAGUAAGUGUAUGUCCCCUCACUUACAGAACAGCCACCAUUAUGAAGAUCUCCACACAAUGUUUGUUCUGCAGGAUAUGCCACUCUGUUUUUGUUUUUGUUUGUUCAUUUGGGUUGGGGGGAUUAAGGAAACUUUCUGUCGGAAGAUGACUCUUUGUGAGUAACCCCAACUCUUUAUAGAUGUAGACAAAAAAGAACAUUAUUAUAUUAGCUUAUUUUUGGAUUAUAAGAAUUUGCUUAACAGAUGUAGCUUAUAUGAAAAUAUGAAGCAAUACUUGAUGGAUAACUUCAGUGAAUGAUUGGAGUUGGAAAAGUGAGUCUGAAAGUCACAGUUUUCUUCACAAUCCCAAUAACUCCAUCAUACUGUUGUGAAUGAAUUCUAAAGAACACAAGCGAAACUUGUCAGUGUCGUUGUGGCCCUUCUCACCUUCUUGAAAAUGCAGUCCCCGUUGUUUAGUUGUUAGUCUAAAAUCUACUUUAAAGUCUGUGAGUACUUUAAAACUGCAGUUGCUACCUCUUUCAGUUCCUCUGCAGAUUUGUGUCCCAUGAGAUGAUGACUGCCGUUGUUUACAGGGAAUUAUUCACAAACACUUGCCAUGACAUCCAGGUUGGAUUGAUGAAUGUAAUCCAGGACUUUCCAAAAUGUUUUUAUUUUUAAAUGUAAUGGAAAGUUGUGACUAAAGUAGUUAAAAUUCUCUGAAUGUGAUAUUCAAAGUCACACAUUUUGUACACAAAUAUGGUUUUCCACUUGCAUGGCACUGUGUUUUUCUCCUUUUGAUACAUUUAUUGGAUGAUUUAUUUAAAACCAUAGGCAGGAGCGUUAGAUAACACAGGUUACAAUAUGUGAGGAAGCUGCAUGGCUGGUGAAUUUCAUGAACACAAUGUAGAACGAGGAAAAGUUCUGCACCCCAAAGUGUAAACACUUACACUACAUUUUAAGAACAACUGGUAAUGUAAUCAAACAGACAACCAGUGGUUAUCAGUAGGCAGACUUUUGUAGCGUCUGACUUUUUAUUAAGAGGAGCUCUGUUAUAGACUUGUUAAAUAAAAUGCUCUCAGUUUUGUUAGAUAUUUACUAUCUCAGUUCAACAGUCAAACUGUACUCUUCUUUAGUCUGACUUUACUCCAUUUUCACGUCAGUAUUAUAUUUAGUCCAUCAAAUAUAAACAUGAACAGUUUCCAACCCUAUAUGUUCAAUUUUGAGAAUCUUUAAAGAAAACUCCUGGAAAGGUGAGAACUUGUAUGUUUAAUGUGUCUGAUAUAAAAGCACUAUUUACACUGUAAACAAUUUGUAUCAUAUCCUCUGUUUGUCUUUAAAGUGUACAUAAUGUAUAUGUGAAGACUGUAUCAUAGCUAAAUGAUUCUAUAAUUUUGUAGUGGAGUGAAAUAAAUGGUUACAUUUCAAUAAUCA